AUGCCGCUGACGUCCCUCGCGUGGACGUUUGCGAUGGACACGCGCAAGCUGGCGGAGUCGGUGAUUUUGCUUGCGUCGCUUUUGUAUGCUGCGAGUCAUAUAGCGGGGUAUACACCGCCGAGUAUACCGCCGUUUUCGUAUCCUGAAGCGCAUGUGUGGCUUGCACUCGAACUGCGCAUUCUGUCCGCUGUAUCCUCACUAUACAUGCUCUGGGUCCACAGCACAUUCACAUUCACCUCUACCACCACCAACACCACCCCAACCCCAACGACAUCACUCAAAAGCCACACAUCCGCACUGAGCGCCCCAUCUGUCCCUCUACGCCCGGCGUCUCCGCGCCUUGGGGACGCGAGCCGCGGCGGCAGCGGGCGCCAGGCCGCCCCAACAAGUUACGACAAGAGCGACUUUGGAUACGUAUGGAUGUCCGUCCCCAAAAAUUACCGAGAUUGCCGCGAUGACGGCAUACUCACCGGUCUCCUCCUCGGACCUCUAAUCGCUACAUCCGUCGUCGCGUACACGCUCCUCCAAUUCCACUCCGUCUCCGUCUCCCCAUCCCUCUCCCCAACACAAACACAAACACAAACACCAAUACCAACAUCUAUCCUCCCACAGGGCUGGCGCAUCGAGCCCCCCUUAUACCUGCGCAACUCGCGCCUGCGCCUCGCGCCCGCGCAGGCGGCGUUGUUGUCGCGCUAUGGACUCGUGGAUCUGAGCACGUAUUGUGCGGUUAUUUUGUUGGUGCAUGUGUGCGCGAGUUGGUGGGUUGAGGCGCGGGCUAGAGCUAGAGUUAGAGCUAGGGUCGCUGCCGGUGCUGGUACGGGUGUGGGGGCAAACGCGGGUGUUGGUGCGACGGGAAGAACAGGAGGAGGAGGAGGAGGAGGAGUGGGAGUGGUGGAUGGAGAGCGCGCGUCGGUGCCGCGCAGUGAAGGUCUCCGCUCAAGCUGGUACAUCCUCUUUGCGCUAUGCACGAGCGUGCUGAUGGUCUCGCUCAAACUGGCGCUCAAGGUGUACGAUGUUAAAUUAUGGAACUAUUUAAACGUGUUCGAGGCGGUGGUUGCCUCGCUCUUUUAUCAAUUCUCGCUGUAUGUCGCGCUGAGACUUGCCCAUCGCGGGUUCACACUUGGCGAGCUCGGGUUGACGUGUUUCGGCGCGACAGCUAUCGGCCUCGAAUUUCUCAAUCUCACCAUCGCUCGCAUCCGACCAAUAACAACCCCCUACAUCCGAACAUACCGCCUCCCCACCCCCCUGCUCACAUUCCAAAUAGCACUAAUAGUAGGCUCACUACUCACAGGCUUCCUCCUCUCCCCCUUCCUCGUGCUCUCGCGGAAUAACGCGCAGCGGCCCGUGCACCGCUUACGCUUCCCGCAGGAAAAGGCGAGGAAUAGGAAGUUGUAUGCGGGGGGGUUUUAUGGAGGUGCGGUGUUGUGUGUUGGGGUGCUGGUGGGGGUGUGGACGAGGUGGUGUUUGGGUGGGAGGGAUCCGUGGGUGUGGGUUGUUUAUUAUGUUGUUGAAAGGACGGGAGGGGGAGCGGAGGGGGAGGGGGUAGGAGGGGAUGGGGGGAAAGCGGGAGGGAGGAGAGCGAGAGUGGGUAUGGUGGUGUAUUGGGCGAUAUUGGGCCUUUUGAGUGUGGCGGGGUGGAAUAGGCAGUUGGCGAGAUCGAGGAGGUUUAGGAUGCGGAAUACGACGUCUGUGGGGGUGGAGAGUAUGUCGGGGGAUUCGAAUGCGCUACCUGCUUCCUCCUCUUCGUUGUCGUCGUCGAUGGGGAUGGGGAUGGGGGGUGGAACGAGUGUGGAUGUGGAUGGUGCAUCCAACUCGCUCAUCGCUAUCACGCCGUCUUCGUUCCCGAGCUCGAGCUCGAGCUCGUUGCCGAAUGGGGCUGGAGGUGCGGCGGGGAUGAUGUCGAAUGUUGCUAGUGCUAGCGGGAUGAUGUCGAAUGUGGCUAGCGGGAUGAUGUCCAACGUCGCUAGUGGGAUGAUGUCUAACGUCGCUAGUGGGAUGAUGUCGAAUGUGGCUAGCGGGAGCGGGAAGAUGAUGUCGAAUGUUGCGACGGACCUGCUUGAUGCUGCUGAUAAGCGCGUGCCGACGCUUGGAUUGAAUGCGCGGAGAAAGUUUUUUCAUGGGCUGGCGGUUGUGAUGUUUGUUCCUGGGAUUGCUGUUGAUCCGGCGUUCACGCAUCUAGCGCUAAGCGUCGCAUUCGCCCUCUUCACAUUCGUCGAAUACAUACGCUACUUCGCGAUAUACCCCUUUGGAGCGGCAGUGCAUUUGUUUAUGAAUGAGUUUUUGGAUCAUAGGGAUAGUGGGACGGCGAUAUUGAGCCAUUUUUAUUUGUUGACGGGGAGUGCGGGGUCGUUGUGGCUUGAGGGACCCAGUAGGUUGUUGCAGUUUACAGGCAUUUUAACCCUCGGUUUGGGAGAUGCGGCUGCGUCGAUUGUAGGCAGACGGAUCGGAGUGCACAGGUGGUCGUCUACGACAUCCAAGACGCUGGAAGGGAGUAUCGCGUUUGUGGGUUCUGUGGUUGGUGCGGCGGGGUUGUUGAGGCUUGCGGGGUACGUUGAGUCGUUUUCGAGCGCGGGGUACCUGGGCGUUGUAUGUGUGUCUGCGCUGUUGGAAGCUGUUUCGGAUCAGAAUGAUAAUUUGACGCUGCCGUUGUAUAUGUGGAGUUUGUUGGUUGUGUGUGGUGUUGCAUAG